AUGUCAUCAUCACAUGAUGAUAUAACAAAUCUUAAUAGUGAUAAUAUAUUGAUACAAAAUGCGUCCAAUAUGGCUCAAAUAGAUGAUAAAAAAAAUAUGAACAACACACAAGAUAAUAUAAUUCAAUCAAAUGAUAGUGAUUUACAACAUGAAAUUCCAAUGAAUUUAUUACCGGCUGAUAAACAUCCUUUUUGGAACAAUUCUGCAGAAAAUCGUGGAGGUAUUGAAGAUGCACCACAACUUGAAUAUGAUGAACACGAUAUUCAUUUAAUUGCCGAUCGAGAAGUUGAGGAUGAUGAUCCAUUAGAAUAUGAUAUAUCUGCAUCAGGUAUAGGAGACACAUCGAAAAACCAAGGCAUUAUUAAAGGCCAUAUAACAUCUGAUGGAAUAAUUGAUGAUGAUUUUGAAUCGGAAUUAGGUGGACGUGAAACAACAGAGUUUCAUGAUACAGAAGAUCCUGAUUAUAAUUUACUAAGAAAAAUUGCUGAUUAUGGAAUAAUUGAAUUGUGUGGUGAAGAUAAAUUUGGUCGAAAAACAAUUGUUUGUUCAGCGUGUCGUUUACCACAUGAAGAUAUAAUAAAACAUAGUGAAUUUAAAACAGUUGAUAAAUUUUAUAAUUGUUUAUUAAAAUAUAUUUUAAGAACAUUUGAUCAAUAUGUUGAUAUGGAUUAUGUAAUUAUUUAUUUUCAUCAUGGUUUACGUUCAUAUAAUAGACCAUCAUAUGGAUGGUUAUUAAAUGCUUAUUUUCAUUUGGAUCGAAAAUAUAAGAAAAAUUUAAAAGCAUUAUAUAUUGUUCAUCCAACAAAAUGGAUUAAAUUUUUAUGGCCAUUUCUUCGUUCAAUAAUAAGUGCAAAAUUUUCAAGUAAACUUAUUUACAUUAAUCGUCUUGGUCAAUUAAUGGAAUAUGUUCAUAUGGAUAAUAUUAAAAUUCCACCAGAAGUUAAAGCUAUUGAUCCAAUUAUGCCAAUAGAAAUACCACCAGCAGAAGUAAAACCAACAAUGAAAUUUCAUGUUUCACUUCAAUUUAUUCUUGAUCAUGAACCAGGUGAAACAAUACCGAUGAUUGUUCGACAAACAAUUGAUUAUAUUAAAAGUGUUGGACUUAAUGAACCAGGAAUAUUUCGUCGAACAACACUUGUUUCAUUAAUUAAACAAGUACAAGAAAAAUAUAAUCGAGGUGAACCAGUUGUAUUUCAACAAUAUGGUGAUGUUCAUUUGGCAGCAUGUAUUUUAAAAACAUUUUUACGUGAUUUAACUGAACCAUUAAUGACAUAUCGUUUAUAUCCUGAACUUCUUGGACUCUCAGGUACACUUAAACGACACAAUCAAAUUAAUGUUAUUCGAGAUUUGAUUAUUGAAAAAUUACCAACGGAAAAUUAUCAUAUUUUAAAAUAUCUUAUUGAAUUUUUAAAUUUGAUUUCGGUUUAUUGUGAUACAAAUCUGAUGACAACGAAAAAUUUAGCAAUUGUUUUUGGACCUAAUUUAGCUUGGUCUGAUGAUGUACAAAUGAAUACAUUAACUAAUAUUUCACUGAUAAAUACAUUUACAGAAAUAUUAAUUGCACGUUAUACAGAACUUUUUCUCAAAUGA